AUGCCAAAACUAUUUAAAGAAAAUAAAUCAUCAGGGGCAGUGUUCAGACAAAGACGAGCAGAAAAAGAGAAAGCUGGGAAGCGGAUGUCUGAAGCUUUAAAGGAGUACUUGACUUCUCACAAAAGGAGAAAGCAAGAUACUACUGCAUCAGAACCAGUUUCCAAUGUUGCAAGCGAACCCGUACAAAUCGAUAUCGAUGAAUCUUCAACAUCAUGGCCAGCCUUGAUGUUUCAAUUCAAACAGCCCAUCUCAGUCCAAGAGGCUGUUAAUGUAGAUGAUGCAAAUACUGGAAAAAUACCAGAACAACAAGAUGAUGAGCAACCUUCCACAUCAUCACACUCUGUCUACCUUGAGAAGACUAUUGACCCAGAAGAAUCAAAUGACGAAGAAGAAGAAAGAGAGGAACUGCAGCAGGAGGAACAAUUUACUUCUUUGGCAAUAUUGGAUUUGUCUGAUCCAGCUAAUUGGCCAGCUGUUCUCACCACCUCACUAAGGGAUGCUCUUGUCAGGAAAGGUCCUGCAAAGCAAAAAACUAACUUAAUUUUCCCCAAAGAUGUAGCGAAUAGACGUUUAACUAAAGCAAAUUACAAGCGACGGCUGCCAAACGGAGAAGAAACCUUUAGAAACUGGCUGGUUUAUUCUGUCAAAUUGAACAAAGUAUUUUGUUUUUGUUGUAAGCUAUUUGCAACUAAAGUCACUACAAGUUUGUCACGUGGAGGUUAUAAUGACUGGAAAAACUUAUCUCAAAAUCUUUCCAUUCAUGAAAAGUCUAACUCUCAUCUUGUCGCCAUAAGAGACUGGAAUGAACUCUCGAGAAGAUUUGGUUGUGGAAAAACGAUAGAUGCAGCUUCCCAGAGAUUGUUGGCAAAUGAAACACAACAUUGGCAAGAUGUUGUUAAGCGCCUUAUAGGCAUAGUAAAAUAUCUUGGUCGCCAGUGCUUGGCUUUCCGAGGUAGCAGAGAUACAUUAUACAGUGACAAUAAUGGGAAUUAUCUGCAACUUGUGGAAAUCAUGGCUACAUUUGACACCGUUAUGCAGGAACAUCUGAAGAGAAUAAAAAAUAAGGACAUUUUCCAACAUUAUUUGGGGAAAGACAUUCAAAACGAACUCAUCAGCCUUAUAGCGAAAGAAAUCACAAAACACAUUCUGCAGUUGUUGAAAAAUGCAAAGUAUCAUUCUAUAAUACUUGAUUGCACACCAGACAUUACUUUAAUUGAACAAAUGACUAUAAUUGUUCGAUUUGUGUCCAUCAAGGAAGGCGAGUCUCCAACUGCUGAACCAGAGAUCUGUAUAGAUGAAAAAUUUCUAGGUUUUAUCCAAAUCCCAAAGUUCAACUGGAGAAGGUUUAACUGA